CGUCAUUUGAGUAGGUCAUUUUUUUGCUGAAAUAGAAAGGCGAUAAAUUUUCCAGUGGAAAUCCGCCGGAAUUCUUUGAUAAACUUUGAAAAUUCGGUGCGAAAAAUGCCGGUAAGGGUGGAUCCCACUCUACCGCCUCCGGCCAAUUCGAAACAGCCCGGAAUAACGAACAGUUUGUUGUAUAAUGGAUCGAAAUUUCAAGGAUUUCAGAAAAGCAAAGGGAAUUCUUAUGAAGUCGAAGUGGUUUUGCAGCAUGUCGACGAAGAAAAUUCUUAUUUAUGUGGAUACCUUCAAAUAAAUGGUUUGACAGAAGAAUACCCCAAACUGACAACGUUUUUCGACGGAGAAAUUAUAAGCCAAAAAUAUCCAUUUUUAACCAGAAAAUGGGACGCCGACGAAGAAGUAGACUUGAAAUAUUGGAGUAAAUUUGAUCAAUUCGAUCAAUACUCGAAAAACUUCAAUUCGGACAACUUUGACUAUAGCCAAUUAGCGGACACGGAUUUCGUAUUUAUGAGAUGGAAAGAACACUUUUUGGUGCCGGACCACACCAUCAGGGACAUCAGUGGCGCUUCAUUUGCUGGAUUUUAUUAUAUUUGUUUUCAGAAAUCCCAAGCCACUAUUAAAGUUUAUUAUUAUCAUAGAAGUUCAGAAUGGUUUCGAUCGUUAACUCUUACACAUGUGCCUGAAAACUCAAUACAAAUCUACGAGUUUAGGUAAAAGUUGGUGUAUUGUUUUUUUGUUAAAAUUACAUACAGAGAUACGUACGAUAUUUUGCAAUAAAAUUGAUGUCUGAUGAAGUCGCGUUUCCUUUUACUUUAUUUGAAAUUUACUUGAGGAAAUUUUAAUUAUAAUUAUUUGAUGACUAUAAAAGGUGAAGGACCCCGCAUGGAUCUUAUGGGAAAAAAAUCAAUGAAAUUGAAAUAUGUUAUGCUUCUCGACUAAUCUCGACUUCCUGAACGUAAGUUCUCGUAGGCCCAAUAUGAUUAGUUUCGAAGAUACAGGGAUGGGUUAACAUACAAAAUUUUGACAAAAAAUGCACAUUUCAAAAUAUGUUGAGGUCAGGCAAUGACAUAUCUUAGGUUAAAAACAAGUGGAAAAAUGCCAAAGUGAUGUCAUCUGAAGCUUUAAAGGUUAAAAACUUGUCAAAAAAUGCCAAAAAUAUGUCAUUUUUGGUUAUAAAUUAAAUUAAUAUACCAGCAGAUUCUGGAGAAUUUUCUUGUACUACUUUUUUU